AUGGAGCUGGUGCUGGCGGACACGCUGCUGGGCCUGGCGCAGAGCCCGGAGCCCUGCGCGCUGCUGCGGGCGGUGUGCGGCGGGGAUGGGGCCGCCCCGCUCUCCGUGGAGCGGGUGGAGACCCUCCGCUUCCUGCUGCAGUGGCUGGAGGCCGGCGGGGCCGGGGGGGAGGCGCUGCGGCGGGCGGCCUGGGAGGUGGCGCUGGGGCGCUGCUGGCCCCUGCUGCGCGGCGGCGGGGGAGCGGACGACCCGGAGCGGCGCCGCCUGGUGGCCGUAGCCCCCGAGCUGCAGGAGCCGGCGUUGCUGGAGCGGGCGGUGGACGCGGCGCUGGCGCUCGUGCGGGCGGGCGGACGCGAGGCCGGGGAGGAGGUGGCGGCGGCGCUGGUGGCCGGGCGGCUGCUGCCCGCGCUGAGCAGUAACCGCACCGCCCUGGGGCGGGUCUGGGCGGGGCUGCUGCCGGGGCGCGGGGAGGGGGGCGCCGCCGCCCAGCGGGUGAGCCGGACCCUGCUGGCCCUGACAGCCCUGGCGGACCUGCUGUUCCCCGGUCUCGACGGGGAUGGCGGCCGGGAGGGCCCGGCUCUGGACGCUCGGCUCUACGGGGGCUUCUGGCGAGUGGUGCAGGAGGGACUCACCGACGGGGACGGGCUGUGCCGGAAACGAGCCCGCUACCUGCUGAAGCGAGCGGUGGAGGUGUCCGAUCAGCUGCGCACGGACUGCACCUGCCCCCCGGACAAUGGAGACGAACCAAGUCUUUUCUGGUGGUCUGUGGAGAAGAAUGACAAACUUUUGCAAUUUUGGGAAAAUUACAUUUUAAUAAUGGAGACUCUGGAAGGAAAUCAGAUACAUGUUAUAAAGCCAGUCUUACCAAAGUUAAACAGUUUAUAUGAAUAUGCAUUAUCAGAAAAAGGUUGUUGGUUGUUUCACCCAUCAUGGCAUAUGUGCAUUUACAAAAGGAUGUUUGAGAGUGAAAACAAAACUUUGACAAGGGAAGGUGUUGCUCAAUUUCUGGAGAUUUAUGAAACAAAACGUCUUCCAAAUUCACCAGGAUUUUCAGAGUUUAUUAUUGGACCAUUAAUGGAUGCACUUUCAGAAAGUUCUCUCUAUGGCAGGUCACCAGGCCAGUUGAUAGGAGCUUGUCCUCCUUUAGGGGUGAAGUUACAGAAGUUUUUGUCUAUUUACCUCACACUUCUUCCAGAAGAAGAAAGAAGUAGUUUCCUGUUAAAGUUUAUUCAGAAGAUGACAAGUAGGCACUGGUGUGCUGUUCCCAUUUUGUUUCUGUCUAUGGCACUGGCCUGCAUCCCAUCAUGUAAAGCAUUGGGUACAGAAGGACUUCAUGCUCUAAGAGAUGUCCUGCAGUGCACUAUGAUCACACAUCAGAUUUUGUUGCGGGGAGCUGCUCAGUGUUUUCUUCUCCAAACAGCUAUGCAUUUGACAGAUGUGGAGAAAGUGUCACUUCCAGAGAUUUCAAGUUUUCUCAUGUCUCUUAGACCAGAGGAGUCUUUAAGCAGAGGGACUAUACUAUGGAUGGAGCUUUGCGAUUGGCUGUAUACUCAUGACAGAUGCUUCAGAAAGUCCAUAAACUGCCAUGCUGAGCAUCAAGAAAGAUCUUCAUUAAGUGUAUAUGUACAUACUCUCGUGGAAGAUUACCUUAAGGCACCUGCAUCCAAAAGAGAAAACUGCUGUAUGCCUGACUGGUUUGAAGCUAAGCUUGUUGCUACAAUGAUUCUGCUGGCUGCAGAUGUGGAGGAGAUGAAGAAUAAACAAAGCAAAAAAAGCAACGCUGAACGGGUUGAACUAAAGUCUUUCUUGCACCCUCUUCUGGAUGUCUUGUUGAAACUUGGCACUAAUGCUUACAUACCAACACUGAAAACUGAUAAAAGUCUACAGCUACUCUUGAAGCUAUUACAGACCUGUUUGUUAAAACAGUCUAGUCCACAAGAUGAUGUGGUGUUAAGUUUUCUCUCUAAUUCUGUUAUGACUGCUGCAGAAAGUAUACUGGACUUUGUCCUCAGAAGACUCACUACAAGUGAAUUGAAUACUUUCCUAAAGAAGAGGAGGUGUUACCUCUCCGGGAGUAGAGAAGGCAGUAAAGUUCAUGAAAGUACACAAUGGGUGAAGAGAGGAGAAAAGGAAGGUGGUGGUGAUGUGGUGUGGUGUGGAGUAGGAGAAGUUUCAGAUCUGGAUCGUUGUAAUUUAUACUUAGCAUUAUUGUCAGAGCUGGUGAAUUUAUGCUCAAACGCUGGCUGGAAAAAGGGGCCCUCCAUUUGGAAUUUCAUCUCUUCUCUCAUAAAUGCCUCUAUUCAAAAUCUGCAGGAGACGGGCAAUGAACAGGAAUCAAAGCUUGGAGAACAGAUUCAAAAAGUAGUUAGUAUGGCCUCACUAACUGUGGUUUGUGAGAUUUUUGAUCAGAAACCUGAACUGCAACUUAAAUCUCUACAUGCUGUUGAAACCCUAAAAGGUUUUAUUUCCUCUGUUCAACUUAAUCAAGUAUUAAAGAAGCCUUCCAAAAUUGAGGAAAAAAAUAGUUUAUUUGAAGAAUCAACAUCUUCUCAAGGAUGGGGGAAAAUCGUUGCAAGCUAUGUACAUGACCAGUGGGUUUGCCUUCAUUUUAUUUUAAAUAAGUAUGAUAAAUUUAUACCAUUGUCAAAUGAUGAGACUCUGGAACUAUCUUUGCUUGCAGUCCAAAGGCCAAUAAGAACUCUACAGUCUGCACUGGAAGCUCUAACUCUUUUGCCUUCUGACCAGGUUUUACCUGUGUUUCAUUGCAUGAAAGUGCUUGUUCCCAAGCUUCUGGGCUCAUCCGAAUCUCUCUGCAUAGAUGCAUUUGAUCUGGCUUGGAAAGUUAUAUCCUCUUUGAGCAACACACAGCUAAUAUUUUGGUCUAAUUUAAAAGCCUUUGUUCAGUUUGUGUUUGACACUGAAGUUCUUGCUGUUGCUGCAAGUAGCAAGGGUCAAGCAUAUUCAAAAAUAAAGGAGAUCAUACUCAAGCUAGUUGAAAUGUCCACUGCAAGAACUGGAGUCUUUAAUACAGUGCUUAGUUAUUGCUGUCAGUCAUGGCUAUUUCCUACGUCUGAUGACACAGGUGCUUUAGAGAAUCCCUUCUCAAAUGCUGGAAACUACAGUGAACUUAUCACAGAGGCCUGUGUCUUUGGAAUGGUAUUUAGGCGAGAUCAAAGACUCAUUCAGGAUGUCCAUGCCUUUGUAGAAAAUCUUGGAGAUGAAUGUGCAGCAAAUGUUGUCACAGAAAGUACAAACAGAGAUGACCAUUAUGUGCGAGUUUGUGCCGUCAAAUUUCUAUGCUGGUUGGAUGGAUCAAAUACAUUGCACAAGAUGUUUAUGGAAGACCUUGUCAUCAAACUACUUGAUAAAGAUGAAUUGGUGUCCAAAUCUAGAACACGCUAUUAUGUGAACUCUUUACAACACAGAAUUAAAAAUCGGCUGUGGCAAACACUGCUAGUUAUUUUUCCAAAACUUGAUCAGAAUUUUUUGACUGGGACUCUUGACAAGAUAUUUCAGGCUGGAUUUGGUAACAAUCAAGCAUCCAUAAAAUACUUAAUAGAAUGGAUUAUCAUCUUGAUUCUGCACAGAUACCCCCAGUGUCUUGAAAAAUUUUGGAAUUGUUUCUGCUAUGGUGAAGAAAAGCUUAAAACUAGCAUCUGUACAUUUUUAUCUGUGUUGUCUCACUUUGACAUUAUUCUUGAAAAUACGUCUGAGAAGAAACCAAUUUUGAAGAAAGCCCUUCUUGUUGUUCUACAGUGGUGUUUCAACCACAAUUUCAGUGUUCGACUUUAUGCAUUAGUAGCCCUCAAGAAAAUCUGGGGCAUGUGCAAAGCAUUGUGUGUGGAAGAAUUUGAAGCUUUGACACCAGUUAUUGAAUCGAGUCUUCAUCAAGUGGAAAACAUGCAUGGUGCAGGGAAUGCUAGAAAGAAUUGGCAACGAAUCCAGGAUCAUUUCUUUUUUGCAACAUUUCAUCCCCUGAAGGAUUACAGUCUAGAGACAAUAUUUUACACCCUUCCACGCCUUUCAGAACUUGUUGAAGAUGAAUGGAUCCCACUCUGUAAAUUUACCAGAUAUACCGACAUUUCUUUGCCUGCAGCAUUUCAUUGGUUGCAGUCUCGAACUGAACUUCUUAAUCUAAAACCAAGUGACUGGUCUCAGCAAGAUAUGGGUUCAGAUUUAGUUGAAAUGGAUAACCAAACAGAAUGGACAGAUGUUCAGAAAAAGAUCAUCCCUUGGAAAAACAGUAGUCCUGAUUUAGACCUGGAACUGGUAUUUCAGGACCGGGCAGCUAAACUUGGUAAAUCCAACAGUAGGUUGAUUGUAGUGGCCUCACUUAUUGAUAAACCCACCAAUUUAGGAGGUUUGUGUCGUACAAGUGAAAUAUUUGGGGCAUCUGCUUUAGUUGUUGGCAGUCUUCAUUAUAUAAAUGAUAAGCAAUUUCAACAUCUCAGUGUUUCCGCGGAACAGUGGCUUCCUCUUGUCGAGGUGGGUGGGAAAAGUAUUUUAGCUGCUUACUUAAAAGGAGCACUGUACUUAUAAAUUCAUUCAAACUGAUGCCCUCUAAGUCAAGGGUCUCACUUUUUUCCCCUCUCCUGAAAAUUAACUGCUUUACCCAUUUGGCAUAAGUAACUACUUUUGUUUUAUGCUAGUAUCAAGGUAUUUUUGCAUUAGCUUGCUGCUUUUGAAAACCCUUGUAGCAGUUUUUAAAAGGUUGGUUUGUUGAUUGUUUUUUGUGUUAAUGAAACUGAUUGUAUUAGUUGCCUCUUGUUUUAUAACAUACUCUGACUCUAGUAUUUUACAGCUGAUGGUUGUACGUUGAAAUUUAAAAUUCUUUUGUAAAACUUAAAUGAUUCAUUUAAAUGUUGUUAUUCUCAUCUUGUUUAGCCCAUUUAUUUGACGAUGAGAAUAAUUAAUCACACAGUUUGCCUGAAACUAAUUUACAAAGUAGAUUUCAGAGCCUUUUCUAUAGUUUAUCAAAAUCAGGGCAUCUUGCUUCAGACUGUAGGUCUAACACUUAGCACUAUAUGCAAGCCUCUGGUUGUAGCCUUUUAUAUAGAUAUUAGGGCUGUCAAUUAAUCGCAGUUAACUCACACGAUGAACUCAAAAAAUCAAUCACAAUUUAAAAAAUUAAUCGCAGUUUGAAAGCAUU